UCCGUGUCUCUCUGCUUGAUUCUGCGUCAACCUUAACGCUUGUGCGUCUGGCAGAAGGAUAGUAACAACUUGAGACCAACCUUGGAGCGACGCGGUAAUCUAGCCCUGAUCUAAAACAUGGCUUCCUGGUGCAGCGUCGAGAGGCUCCCGGUUUCUCUUGCGGAUAACCGCUUCCAAUAUACCCUGCUCGCAGCUGCAGGGAUAUCCUUAAGUUUAGGCCUUUUCCUACGCGCCUUAUACCCAUGCCACCCCAUGGAGAGCAAAACAUAUUAUUCCCCACUCGCUGCUACGCAAGCUGCAGGUACAAACAAUAAAGACCACCCUCUACCAAUUGAUGUACUGCCCGGGGGCCGCGACGUGCAGACCCCCUAUGGAUCGAUCCGUGUGUACGAAUGGGGCCCAGAGCACGGGCCCAAGGUAUUGCUUGUGCACGGCAUUACCACUCCCUGCAUCUCACUUGGCGGGCUAGCUCACGGCUUGGUAGACCGAGGUUGCCGGGUUAUGCUGUUUGAUCUGUUUGGGAGAGGCUACUCGGACUGCCCCGCUGAUCUUCCCCAAGACGAACGGCUUUUCGCAUCUCAGAUCUUCUUGGCUUUGAGUUCCUCGCCAAUCUCGUGGACGGGGGCCGGUUCAGGCAAAUUCUGUCUAGUCGGUUACUCCCUUGGCGGCGGUAUAGCUACAUCUUUCGCGUCAUUCUUCCCUCAACUCUUGUCGGCUCUCGUGCUUCUUGCUCCUGCAGGGUUGAUUCGCGAUAAGCAUAUCAGCUUCCGUACCCGGUUCCUGUAUUCUGGAGGCCUGCCGGAUCGGCUCCUCAAAUACCUCUCCGGUAUCCGAUUACGUGCCGGACCUAUUUCCACGCCGAAGCCUCAACACAAAAAAUUGAAUACGGGUGACGCGUUCACUGAAGAGCUGCCUUCCAAAAAGGAGGAAGAAACCCAGUUGCUAUCCCGCUCAUACCCUCAUGUCACUGUUCCCGCUGCUGUUUCUUGGCAGGUGAACAACCAUACUGGGUUUGUCCACGCCUUUGUAUCUAGCAUGCGCUAUGGUCCCAUCCUCAGCCAACGGCAACGAGAAACAUGGGAGCGACUUGGAAGCCACCUAUCCAAGCAAAAGGUCCUCUCUGCGGCGGUGCAGAAAUCAAACGGCCUUCCGAGUGACAAAGUCGUCAUUAUGUACGGCUCGAAUGACUCGAUCAUCAUCCAGGAUGAACUAAUAGAGGAUGCGAACGCAACUCUUGGAAAUUCUGUGGUCUUCAAAAACUUUGCCGCUGGCCACGAAUUCCCCAGUACGAAAUACGACGAAGUCGCCCAGAUUAUCUUUGAUACAUUGCUUUGAUUUUGCGUUUGCGCCGGCUAUAUUACAAGCACGAAUUCCCACUUUUUGGCCCGUGGGCAUCGUUCUAAGGCAUCCCAUCCGUUCCCUUGCUUUGGAAUAUGCUUUUAGAGAUAGACCAUGUAUAUAGAAAGAUCCCUCACG